GCCGUCUUUGAUUGUGUUUUGAGCUCCCUUCGAAACGUUCUCAACAUUCUCAUUGUCUUCGUGCUCUUUCAAUUCAUUUUCGCCGUUAUCGCCGUGCAACUGUUUCAGGGUAAAUUCUUCUACUGCAACGACGCCUCAAAACUAACAAAGGAAGAAUGCCAGGGUCAAUUUUUUGAUUAUAACGCGGAUGGUAUUCCCACCACGGUUUGGCGAGAAUGGAAGGCCCAUGGAUUCAACUACGAUAAUGUCUACUAUGCGAUGCUGACACUCUUCACUGUAACCACUGGUGAGGGUUGGCCUGGGUAUGUGGAAAAGCCGUUUCACAAUUUAAGACAUUGUGUGCUGCUUGUAAGCAUUAAAAAAGGUUCAAUAUUUUCACGAAAGUUUAAAAAAAAUAGGGUUCUGAAGAACUCCAUGGAUGCGACCCAUGUAAAUAGGGGACCUCUGGAGGACUACCAACAGCAGGUGGCUAUCUUCUACAUAACAUUCUUUGUUGUGUUUCCCUUCUUCUUCGUUAAUAUUUUCGUCGCGUUGAUCAUCAUCACCUUCCAAAAGCAGGGUGAAAAUGAGCUGAUUGAUCUAGAGUUGGACAAAAAUCAGAGCUCACGAGAAGUUAGUAAAUCACACAUUGUGCUAAGAGUGGAGUUGCGGUCCCACCUCAUCACAUAUCUUUAUCACCGUUACUUUUGGUGGCGCACAUCACAGAAGCGCUGCGUGGACUUUGCUAUCAAUGCUCAUCCUUUGUGUCGCUACAUGCCGAAGAACAAACGCUCAUGGAAGUACCGCAUUUGGCGUCUGGUUGUGUCGACACCUUUCGAGUACUACAUAAUGGUGAUGAUCGCGUUGAACACGCUGAUUCUCAUGAUGAAGUAUCAUCGACAGGAGAGGAGACCUUCCGUUGCCACGAACAUUGACACGGCUCAGCAAAACUACCACAACUAUUGCAACACCCUAAUAUUUCUAAAUUCUGCCUUUACAAUCAUGUUCUCCGUGGAGUGCGUCCUCAAAAUCAUGGCGUUCGGACCGAAGAAUUACUUUCGGGACCGAUGGAACAUUUUCGACUUCAUCACGGUGAUAGGCAGUAUCACGGACGUUCUGGUUUCUGAAUUGCAGCAAUCAGCUUUCCUGAGUCUGGGUUUCCUGCGCCUCUUUCGGGCAGCGCGCCUAAUCAAGCUCCUUCGACAGGGCUACACGGUGCGCAUCCUCUUAUGGACGUUCAUCCAGUCGGUGAAAGCACUGCCUUAUGUUUGCCUCCUCAUUGUUAUUCUUUUCUUCAUCUACUGCAUCAUUGGCAUGCAGGUCUUUGGAAACAUUAAAAAUGAUCCAAUGACGCAAAUGAAUAACCACAACAAUUUUCAAACCUUUGGAAGUGGUAUUCUGCUUCUCUUCAGGUGCGCGACUGGCGAAAAUUGGCAGGAGGUGAUGCUGGACUGCGACGCAGGUCGGGAGUGCGAGGGCUCGGGUACAUCGUGCGGCAGCAAGACAACCUACCUCUACUUCGUUACUUUUAUCUUCCUCUCAGCCUUUCUCAUGCUAAACCUGUUUGUGGCCGUUAUCAUGGACAACUUCGACUACCUCACUCGCGACUCCUCUAUCCUCGGGCCUCAUCACCUGGAUGAGUAUGUGCGCGUCUGGGCUGAGUAUGAUCCCACUGCUCGCGGUCGCAUACAUCAUACCGAUAUGUACGAGAUGUUGCGAAAUAUGGAACCGCCUGUUGGUUUUGGAAAGAAGUGUCCCUACAGACUAGCCUACAGGGCAAGUGCUUUGCAUAAACUCAUCCGGAUGAAUAUGCCCGUCGAUGACAACGGAACGGUUCACUUUACAACCACCCUUUUUGCGUUGAUUCGCGAGUCACUGAGCAUUAAAAUGGGACCAGCAGAGGUUAUGGAUCAACGCGACAACGAACUGCGCUAUAGCCUGCUCAAACUCUGGCCCGUGCAAGCCAAACGCAUGAUGAACAUUCUUGUCCCACCAGACUCAGAGCUUGUCUACCACAAGAUGACAGUCGGAAAGAUUUAUGCGGGUCUGCUGAUUCUCGAAAAUUAUCGACUCUCCAAACAUCCUCAAGGCAAAGACCAGUCGAAAUCGGCUGAUCUUCUUGCUCGGUUUUUCGGCGCUGUCACCCACAAUGUGCAUCGGUCAGCUAGGAAUUCGGAGACCGAGGACGACUCUCUCCAUACUGGAAGUCGUUGGAAAUCGCCAGCGAAGGCCAUUAACAAACGCCCUACGAAGCAGGAGGUUAUGACUCCACAGAUUGAGCAACGAGAAGCUAGUCCAACGCUUGGCGUUACUGUGAACAAGGUGCAAAAUCCUCCUACGAACAAUACACAGAGCCCACACCCACAGCAGCUUCUGAAAGCGGAUGCAGCGCCACAUCAAGCAGCAGCUAAAGCAGCAUCAGAGGUGGAAAGAGCACUAUCUCGAAGCAGCGACCUUUCCUUCAUCGAAGAGGAGGAGGAAGUGGUAGCCACGACAUCAGUGGUGCAGGAGCCACUGGAACCUAUACGCAGCGUACCGAGUUGUCGCCUCGCGAGUCGUCCUAUAGCCACUUAUCCGCCCGAUGCUGAAGCCUGGCAGCGUGAUGAUAUUAACGCAUGCGAACGAGAGGUGGCGGCACGGCCACGGUUUCACAUGCUGGAACCUCAUCAGCACUACCAGUAUCACCGAGGUCGCUACCUUUCCGCUCCUUACCACAAUAUGAUCACCUCAGGUGAGAAACGGCCUCAUGACAUGUCCGAAAACAUCUCUCUUGAUGUGCAAAAGACUCAUUCAUCAGGGAAUGGUGAUGCAAGGAGCCCAAUUCAACCGCCUGCUCCCAAACGCUUAAUCCUCUCGGACUUCGGCAGACUGGACGAUUUCAAAAGUGGGGUUUCCUUAACUCAAGCCCAAGGUGCAGUUCUGCGUUCAUAUCAGCGUUUUUCGCCCGCAUGGCAUUCGAAACCUGUAGGAUGCUACCCAGUGUCUCGUAUCUCUAACCUCGACAACCCAGCUCGAUGCUUCUACUCGCCGCGACGAUUGAAUGGUCGCUUCCUUAGUACUACCCCCGCAGCCGCAUGUCGCACAACCUGUGAGGAUGCCGUGGGGGAGUAUGGGACAUCCGAAUAUUCCUCCGAAUAUGCCAACGCCCCUCACAUUGGUGUUGCAAAACCACCAUUUUCGCUAAUGUCCCCACUGAAGGAUCCACAGAAGUACCGCCCAAGCGUUCUUCACAGCGAAAAUACCACUUUGGCUGAUAGAAGACCCCUAUACAUAAACUUCCCCAGGCUUGAACGCUCUCCUACUGGCUCAACGGAGAUUGAUGCUGGUUUAAUGGAGGAGGACUUGGCAAAUCGGGAGAAAUCGUCAGCCCUGCCUCAGACUUCCGUUCUGCGACCGACGAUGUCGCCACCUUUUCAUGAACCAGUGGUUCAGAUGGAUCGGGGAGGAAGUCUGUUGAACGUCUUCACCCUACCACCUCCGCCCUUGCCACCUCAGCGGUUGGUGAACAGGUCGCUGGACUCCAUCCCCCUUCGAACGAGAGCCACUAACCAACCCCAGCCCCUGACUCAUCACCAGCAGUUGGUUGUGGAAAUUAAUAGGCCCACCUUCUACAGCCCUCACCACUUUCAACAACAACAACAACAACAACAACACCAGCAUGGUGACCACCCCCACCACCACCACUAUUACUACCAUUACCACCUGUCUUAG